AUGGCUUCGUUUGGCCCUGUUUUGGUGCUCUUACUCUGCUUCUGUUCAGCAGCAUUUGCAGAGAUUAUCACUUGGGAUUGUAAGCAUGAUUCUCCCAUUGCAAGUGCUCAAAUGUCAGCAAACAUCGAUGUGGUGUUGGCUCAAUUAGCCUCAAACACUGCUAAAAACGAUGGACUCAGCACAGCCAGUUUUGGCAAACGUAAAGACACGGUGCAUGGAUUGGCUCAGUGCAGAAAAGACGUGAACACCUCAGAUUGUUCCGCCUGCAUUCAUGAUGCAGCCAAGAGUAUCCGUGAGAAUUGCUAUUACGAUUUUAAUAGCACUGAUGAAAGGAUCUUUUAUGAUAAAUGCCUUAUGAGGUAUUCUGAUCAGAAAUUCUUCGGCCAAUUUGAUCCAUCUACCUACAUCAACUUGCCCUAUGGUGAUAAAGGCCACAAGGAUUUGUCUGCCAGCACUUGUGGCACUUGUCUGAAAACAGGUUUUGGCAACUUCCCAAAACUCUGCAGGAAGGAGAAAACCAAAGGAUGCCGUCUUCAGUAUGGCAGCUGUUACCUGCGUUACGAUACCGAUUUGUUUUAA